CUGCCCAGUUCAAGGUAUCCGCAAGUGGGAACUUAUCAGCGGCCGUGACACCCACGAACGACGACGACGACGACGAGGACGACAGCAGCGCAGACAACCAAACUCGCUGCUGGUCCAUCUGAUUGAGUUUCCUGCAGCAGAUAUGUCCCAAUCACUCCGCCCAUACCUUCAGGCUGUCCGGAGCAGCUUGACAGCCGCCCUCUGCCUCUCAAACUUCGCAUCGCAAACUGCCGAGCGGCACAAUGUUCCAGAGGUCGAGGCUCGCACGUCGCCCGAGGUGCUGCUGACGCCGCUCACCAUUGCGCGCAACGAGAACGAGCGCGUCCUGAUCGAGCCCAGCAUCAACAGCGUACGGAUCAGCAUCAAGAUCAAGCAGGCCGACGAGAUUGAGCAUAUUCUUGUUCACAAGUUCACCCGCUUCUUGACGCAGCGCGCCGAGUCCUUCUUCAUCCUUCGCCGGAAGCCCAUCAAGGGAUACGAUAUCUCGUUCUUGAUCACGAACUUCCAUACCGAGGAGAUGUUGAAGCACAAGCUGGUCGAUUUUAUUAUUCAGUUCAUGGAGGAAGUAGACAAGGAGAUCUCGGAGAUGAAGCUAUUUUUGAAUGCGCGGGCGCGGUUUGUAGCAGAAUCUUUCCUGACCCCGUUCGAUUGAGUGAGGAAUGUCCCCGGGUGACGUGGACAUGAUAUAUGCACCUACUUCUGAGACGGGACAUCCUACGAAGCCAAAGAGCUGCUGUCCGCUCUAAGCAUUGCGCUCGGCGUUUCGGUUGAGAGAAAAGCACACUUGAGGAGCCCGAAAUGGACUCGGGCUAUUUGUGAAUGAGCCCUGUAUGGGAUCUUUACCACAAGGAUGCCACCACCACCACCUCGCACAUCCUCAAUAUACACGACCAUGAUCAAAAUUAUCAAUCUCCCAGCCUGACUGAAGAGUGGUGACCGUCGCGUGAGCGGGCACUCAGCCUGUCCUGGACCGCACAGUCAGAUUCCGUGACAUUAUAGUUUCCUUUCGGCUCCCGCGCUCUCCCCG